AUGGCCGCCACCAUCUUUACUCCAACUCUAAGUCUAACCGCCAAUAAAAGCAUCCGACACCUAAAGACUCCCAAUUCUACGCCAAGGCAUUACAACAAGAAGUGGGAUGUACAAGCAAAGAGGAUAGAAAAGCCAUUGGAGGAGCUUUACAAUGUGAAAGUCGAAAGGAAAGUCUCGAAGGACCGUUUGGCAGAGCUCGGGGUCUCCAAGUGGUCCGUGUGGAAAACAGGCAAGUGCAAGCUCCCUUGGGACUGGCACGUGGACCAGCUCGUGUACAUUGAGGAAGGUGAGGUGGCAGUUGUGCCUGAGGGAAGUGAGCAGUACAUGAAGUUCAAUGCUGGGGACCUCGUAAGGUACCCUAAGUGGUUUGAGGCUGAUCUUUAUUUCAACGGUUUUUAUCAAGAACGGUACAGCUUCCGAGCAUAUGGCGAUGAUUGA